AUAAUUCAUCCGGCGGGGGGUGUGCUUCGCAGCUCGUGUCGGUUUUUUUCAGUCUGUAUAAAACCGGGAGUUCCUCUCGCGGAAUCUACAGAUGGAGAGAAUCGCUUGCGCCGCAGGGAUAGUGACAGACCACAGAAGUGACACACGCGCAUUUUAUUUUCGUGAAAUAAGCCCGAGGCCGCGCCUGUCGAGGGGAUGACUGGACUGUGUGCUCUCUUUUUGACGGCGCUGCUUGCGGCCUUUACCCGGUUCACGGAAAGCGUUGGGCCGGUGGUCCGUUGCGAGCCCUGCGACUCGCAUGCGCUGACUCUGUGCAAGCCGCUGCUGCCGAGAGACUGCUUGGAGCCGGUGCGCGAGCCAGGUUGUGGGUGUUGCCUGACUUGUGCACUCCGCGAGGGCCAAGCUUGCGGAGUUUACACGAGCCGCUGCGGAAGCGGUCUCCGUUGUCGGCUACGGCCUCACGAGACCAGACCGCUGCAAGCUCUGCUGGAAGGCCGGGGAGUGUGUACCCUAGUCUCAACAGAUAAAACACUCACGGGAGUAAUACUGCCCACCGGCAAACACGACAAUCCUGAGGAGUCAUAUCAGGAGGAGGCAAAUUCCAACAUCACCAUGAUGACAGUCGCCAUGGCGUCCGAAGGCCGCCCCCAGCCGGCAGUGACAGAGCACAAAGUCCCACCCCUCCUCAGCAGGCUUGGCGUGGUCAGGAAAGAGAAGAACAGGAAGAGUCAGAGCUACAGAAUGGAGUCGGUUGGCGGCGACUUGCACACAGACACACACAACUUCAGCCUGGACACCAAGAGAGAGACGGAGUAUGGCCCAUGUCGAAGGGAGAUGGAGAGUGUGUUGAAAAGUCUUAAGAUCACAAACGUGUUGAACCCAAGAGGCGUUCACAUCCCGAAUUGCGACCGGAGAGGAUUCUACAAGAAAAAACAAUGUCGUCCUUCAAAGGGUCGCAGGAGAGGCUACUGCUGGUGUGUGGACAAGUAUGGCCAGCGAUUGCCCGGAUAUGAUGGCAGAGACCAGGGAUCCUCACAUUGCUACAACCUGGAAAAUAAGUAAAAUGUGGCAAGACAAUGUGGGAGAGAGAGGGAGGGAGGGGAAGUGUUCUUUCGAGGACUCGGGCUAGAUAAACACACACUUUUAGAUGUAGUGUGUUUGUGUGUGUGCGUGUAUAUGUUUUGUGUGUUUGUGUGUGCAUGUGUGUACUUGUGUGUGUCCUUUGGGGUUGGAUCAUGCAUAGCUCCUUUACAGGUUAACAGUCCCAUGGUGCUAAGUUUUUCCCAUGGUGCACUGGUGCUGAUAUCGGUGAGCUCCUUAGAGCCAGUUGUUGUUGGUGAUGUCACGCCGGUCUUUGACUGGUUAGUUUGAAGGAGCUCUCGCCCUCUAAAUUGUCUGCCACUUCAGCUCUCCUCCAAUCAGGUUGCGUAUUUGCUGUUUGUCCUCUGUCGUCGCGAUCAUCGUUGUUGCGGCAGCCCGUCCCCCUGUAGUGAGCACGCUCCAUCUGAGCAGAUGCACUAAAUGCACUUUUCACGCUGUCCAAGAUGGCUUCUGUCACAAAACCGUGAAAAGCUGUCCACGGUGGCCCGCCACACUCCAGGAACUAAAAGGGUUAACAUACAAAAUGUUCUCUAGAACCUUCACCAGUGAGAAAUAGCUUUGUUUUUAUUUAUUUGAUUUAUUUAUUCUUCACAGGAUGGUGAUUGAAGUAUUUCACUCUCUAAGAGAAUAGGGUUGUUGGCAUCAAAGAAACUUUGAAAAGAACUGGCUUAGAACCAUGUCAUGUAGUUUCAUGUAUAGAACCCUUUUUUGGAACUUAAUGGUUGUCAGCUAUAUACCAGUUUUCAACUCUGAAAUACUGUUGUCAGCUCCAAAAUCCCUUUUGCUAAGAAAUGUACCUUGUGUGGAAAAGGUUUUGUGUAAGAUGUGAUGUUUUUGGAGAACAUAUGAAGAACUCUGGAGGGUUCUAGGUGUCACCUUUUUUCUAAGAGUGGUGGUAGACGUACAGAAAACACACCGGAAGCCGCAUAAAGAAGCUUUUAGUCAGACAGGACAGCAUCAUCCAGAACACUUCUCAGCAGACAACAUGGAGGUCAUGUCAUUUCUUUUGCAACAACUACACCAGCGUCCUAAGCAUGUUAAGGACACUGGCUAAUGUUUUUUACCUAAAGAGAGUCUCUUGUCCCAAACAUGGCAGUUCUUUACAAUAAUCUGAUAAAAAAAUGUUAUCGCCGUAUUCAACAUAGGGACUUGCAAUACAAGUUGCUGGCUCUGUGUUUUCAAAGGAAGCAAUGUCACAUUGGGUGUAUUUCCAAUCGGGGGCCAUCAGAAGCCUUCUGAUGCUCAGUCCAGUGUCAAGCUGAAUGAACGAGAACUGAAUGGGGUAUCAGAGAAAGAAAAGGCACCUCUGUCCUGACAAAAAAAAGAGCCAGCUCCUUGUUGUGAUAAACCAGAGCGCCAGAGCAUCCAUGACUUCAUAAAAAAAAAGAUCAGCCCUGAUGUGAUACGUUUGCCAUCUGAGGCUAGACACUCUCAGUAGUGGGACAUGUGCUCUUAAUGGGAAUGGAGGAAUAUCCACUUCAUGGCUAUGCAGACUCUGCUUGCCUUAACAAGACCAGAGGGGUCUUUUGCCUUUAAUUGUGGUGAUGCUGGAAUUAGAGUUUGAAGUAGACUGGCCAAAAAACACCACAUCACUCUCCGUGCCUCAUGGCUUUCAGUCGUGCAUAUGCACACACACACACACACACAUACAAGUACAGAUGCGCAUACACACAUGCACAAGCAAAUUCGCACCCUUUUGUCCUUGAAUCCUUCAUGGGACAUGUGGACGUCAGGCCCUAUCUUUUAUUAGUGCUCUACACCUGAUUUCCUGAUAGAAGACUUGAAAAUGGAGGGAACCAAUGAGAACGCUGCCCAGUAGCUCAGGAGCAUGCAGUUUGCCAACCUGCAAUCACCAACCCUAACCUCCCAUCCACCCAUCGACCCCCCCCCCCUCCCACUAAAAACAAACAAGCAAGCAUAAAGCAGACUUAAGAAAAAAUCUCUGGUGCUGACAUUUUCUUAGUUGGGUUGGUUUUGGGAGAAAAUCCUAAGUGUCUGAUCAUUGGCCCUCCAAUAUCUGUGAGUUUGUCCUUUUUAAAGUGAAUACAUAUAUAUUUUCUUCCAGAGGGGAUGCGCGUGCAUUGCUUCAGGAGACAGAAAAGUUAUUUAUGUCAGAAAAGUAUAUAAGCUGAUCCAAACUUCACAUUUUUUUUUCUUAAAUAAAUAUAUAUUCAAUGGCAUGUUUGUUGCACAGCUGCAUUCAGUAGCUUAAGGUCAGUGUAUUUUCGGGGGACUAUAAUCACUAAAGAAUGUCUUUGAAAUAUUUUUAUUUAUCAACAUUGAGCAUAGUCUUUCACUUUUUUAAUGGACAUCUGAUCUUGGAACAGCUGUGUGGUUAUGCAUCAUCAAGCUGCUUCCUCUUUUAGCUUAAGCUAAGUGAAGUGCUUUCUGGUGCUACCUUUAGUUAAGUCAUGCAGCGCUAAAGCUUCAUCAAAGUGAAGGCAUUUGCUGAACCUAAUCUUAGCUGGUCAGAAGUUGAUUCACAGAAUAAGCUAAUCUGAAGCUAUGGAAAUGUAGAAUAAAUGUAGCUGAGCUCUGAAGACUUGCGGACGCUAAAUUCAGCUAACGCGUCUUCAUGACAACUUCUCUUGUACAAAGUGCUUUACAAAUUUACUUUACUUGAUUAAGAAUAUACUGAGGUAGGCUGAAAUAAUCUGUGCUUAAAACUAAGCUUAGGUGCAUGUGAAAAUAAAAUAAAAAAAAGUGGAAAAACAUCAGCAUGGCCAAAGCUGUGCCAGGUGUUAGUGUCGCUAGAGCCAAAAUGUACACUAAACUAAGCUUACUUUAAAGCUUACACUGAGCUUAGUGAAGCUGUCCUAGCCCACGUCUCUCUAUUGUGCAAUGCCAGGAUCUGUUCAGUCACGGGUAAUGGUGUGUUCUUUUGUUUUGUCAUCAUUUGAAAGAUUUUAAUUCUAUGAAAGCUUUUCAUUGUACUAAAGUAGAAAUUACACAUACUGUUUUCUUUGAAAGAAGAAAUGUACUUGUUGAAAUAUAAUUUGUAUUUAAUGUCUUUUUUUUUAAUAAAUAAAAACAGACUAUUUUAAUUUAUGUAAUA